AUUCAUCUUCUCUACAUUUAUUAGUUUCUUUGAGAAAAAAUGAAAUUCUUCAUUUGUAUUCUUGCGUUACAACAACUGUACGUACUAAGUGUCGCUCAAGAUUUCGAUUUCUUCUACUUUGUUGUACAGUGGCCUGGAGCGUAUUGUGAUUCAAGACAUACUUGUUGCUAUCCGAAAACCGGGAAACCAGCUGCGGAUUUUGGAAUUCAUGGUCUUUGGCCUAACUACAAAACUGGUGGAUGGCCUCAGAACUGUAAUCCUGAUAGCACAUUUGAUGAAUUACGGGUAUCUGAUCUGGUGAGCAACUUACAAAGAGAAUGGCCAACAUUGUCGUGUCCCAGCAACGAUGGUGUGCACUUUUGGACACACGAAUGGGAGAAGCACGGAACGUGUGCUGAAUCUGAGCUCGACCAACACGAUUAUUUUGAAGCCGCUCUCAAACUCAAACAGAAAGCUAACCUCCUUCAUGCCCUUACCAAUGCUGGUAUCAAACCAGAUGAUAAAUUUUAUGAAAUAAAAGAUAUUGAGAGAGUGAUCAAAGAAGCAAUUGGAUUUGCUCCGGGAAUAGAAUGUAACAAGGAUUCGUCGCAUAAUAGCCAACUUUAUCAGAUUUAUUUAUGCGUUGACACUUCGGCCUCCAAUUUCAUCAACUGUCCUGUUAUGCUACAUGGUCGAUGCGACUCUCGAGUUCAAUUUCCCAAGUUCUAGAUCUCGCGGCUGAUUUUUUAUUUUAUUUACAUAAACAGUAUUGUACUUAUUUGGUUUCUGUUUGUGUUUCUGCAACUUCUAAUUGCAAUAAAAAUGUAUGAUCCCAUGAUACCGUUUAAUUAUUUGCUUGGUAACAGAA